AUGAACUCUGGACGCCAGCGCAGGACACCCUUUAGCAUCGCAGACAUCCUAGGCCGGAGCAUGGUCCCCAGAGCACCUUCGGCGCCACAGCUUCCAGAAGCCGGCCCUGAUCCUGAGUCGCCACUGUGCGCACUGGAGGAGCUGGCUAGUAAAACUUUCCUGGGCCAUGACCUGGGUGCUCUACAGGCAUCUGAAGGCAGAGCCGCCCCGGAGGCGCCACCAGGUCCUGGCUCUGGUGUCCGGAGACGCCGCAAGUCGCGUACAGCUUUCACUGCACAGCAGGUGCUGGAGCUGGAACGGCGAUUUGUCUUCCAGAAGUACUUGGCACCGUCAGAGCGCGACGGACUGGCUGCGCGACUGGGCCUGGCCAAUGCGCAAGUGGUCACUUGGUUCCAGAACCGCCGUGCCAAGCUCAAGCGAGAUGUGGAGGAGAUGCGAGCAGACGUGGCCUCUCUAUGCACGUUGUCCCCCGGAGUCCUGUGCCACCUAGCAUUGCCAGAUAACGCUUCAAGCCCGGACCAUGGCCCUUUAGGGCCCGAUUCUGAGCCCCUCUUAUCAGAUGAAGAGAUACAGGUGGACGAUUGAAAGCAAAGCCGCUGCCGGGCCUGGAUUCUAGGGCCCUGCACGCCUUGCCUCUGCUAGGGGCCUU